AAACCUCUAAAUCACCAGAGGUCGGAGGUCAGUAACAAGAAGAGAGGUCAUCCAGUCGGUCCAACAUGGCUGGGAGUCGUUUGGAGAAGUUUGGCACGAUUUUUACCCGCGUUCGUGACUUGAUACGCGGGGGAGUGAUGAAGUACGAGGAAAGGCCGCUUUGGUACGACGUGUACGCGGCGUUUCCGCCCCGAGACCCACCACUGGCGGAGAGGAGUUACGAUAUCAAACCGGUCAGGCGAAUCCUGUAUCCUGAGGACAAGAUUCGAGCAGCUUUUUACAAGACCUACGGCACCCCCCGCCCCAUGGACCUGAGUGACCCGGACUCUGUGUCGGAGUGUCAGAAGUUCAUCCUGAAGUACCAACAACUGGAGAGACUGGGAAAGUACCAAGAAGAUGCUGAACUCUUUGAGGCAGCAGCAAGGGCACUACAGAGGGACGGGGUCGUCCUGAAAAAGAGACAGUUGAAACAAGUGACUGAUACUGUAGAGGAGCCACAGGAGAGUCAGAGAGACCCUGCACUGAACAUUCGCAUUAGUGACAUGAUAAAGGAAGCGCUACAGAAAACAGAGACAGAAAAAUUGUGACUUAGAUUCAUAGACUGAAAUGUGUUAUGGUACAAAUGUAUUGAAUUUCAUAAAAAUCA